UUUUACCAACAUCUCGCAAACUGUUCGGACACAAAAGCUCUCCAAGGAAUCACCAAAGAGAGGAAAAAGAAACUUUUCACACCUCAAAAAAAACCAUACAUACUCGCAUAUAAAUUGAAUGUGAUCAUAUAAUUAGUUGUGAAGUGAUAGAAAAUCCAAGUUCACGAAAAAUCGAAGAAGAAGAAAAUAAGUGAAAGAUCAUUAAAUUUUUGGAAUCAAUUGGCCUUUCAGUUUUCUCAAUACUACAAAAAUUUCAUAAAAUUUGUGAAAUUUUUUUUUUUUGAGCCAAAUUUCCUGUGUUGUGUAAGAGCUCUCAAAAGUUUCAUUGAAUGAUCUUGUGUCAGUGCCAUCAUAUAAAAAAAAACAGUGAUCUUCACUAGGAAGGGAAAUUUGAGUGUUCGAAAGUACAAGUGAAAAGAUCAAUAGAAUGAAUCCAAAUUUUGCCAUAGGAUUGUUUCAGUGACAAAUAUUGAAACUCCCACAUAAGAUGGGCCAGGAAAAGUCACUGCCAAGUAGAUGCAAUUCCGUACAAGACUAUCAUUCAUCGACCAGCAGCAGCAGUGGAUCCACAACAACGCGUUCGAUCGCGUCAACAUCAACGGCGAGCUCGCGUUACUCAUGCAAAAGUGUCGAACGCCAAACAAAGUAUCUUAAGGAGCAACUCUACAUUAAGUCCUAUCUAGACAUUGAGGAACAAGAUCGCAACGCUAAGCAACAAUUUACACCAUCACGAGCCAACGGUAUUAGAAACUACAGACCUAAGAUCCUAGGUGAAAAACUACCAACACCAGCUCAACAGGACGUAGACGUAUGGAUUUAGACGGCUAAAAUUUCUUCCCUUCGCAAUGGCUUUUGCUGUUCUUUCAACUCUCGGAGGAAUCACUGCCGCUCCUGUUGCUUUCCUCAGUCUCAUUCCCCUUCUUAUGGUUGGCAUGAACUACUUCCGCUACUACAACUAUGAUCCCGAAGCCAAAGUCAUUGAUACUUCCUACCUUCGUCGGCACUAUGAUUUCAUUGUGGUUGGAGGAGGCUCAGCUGGAGCUGUGGUGGCAUCUCGACUUUCAGAGAUUGCCAAUUGGACGGUGCUCCUGAUAGAAGCUGGUGGUGAUGAGAAUGAAGUCACCGAUACACCUGCAAUGGCUGGAUAUCUUCAGUUGACCGAAUUUGACUGGCAGUACCAAACACAACCUCCCCCAGAUGGUGCCUACUGUCAAGCUAUGAUUGGUCACAGAUGCAACUGGCCUCGUGGCAAGGUCAUGGGAGGCUCGAGUGUUCUAAAUGCAAUGGUGUACGUUCGAGGAAACCGCCGAGACUAUGACUACUGGCAAGCUCAAGGAAAUCCCGGUUGGAGUUUUGACGAUGUCUUGCCCUACUUUACAAAAUCUGAAGACAAUCGAAACCCCUAUCUCACGCAGACACCUUAUCACAAACAAGGGGGUUACCUGACAGUUCAAGAGGCUCCUUGGCGGACCCCACUCUCAUUGGCGUUCAUCAAGGCGGGUAUGGAAAUGGGAUAUGAAUAUCGAGACUGCAACGGGGAGGAACAGACGGGAUUUAUGCUUUUGCAAGCCACAAUGAGACGUGCCAGUAGAUGUAGUAGUUCUAAAGCUUUCAUACGCCCUGUUCGACUUAGACGAAAUCUUCACGUAGUUCUUCAUUCACAAGCCACUAAAGUUCUUUUGGAUGACAGAAAACGGGCUUACGGUGUGGAGUUUCAGAGAAAUAACAAAAUCUACCAAGUUUUAGCCAAGAGAGAAGUUAUCCUCUCAGCUGGAGCUUUGAAUACACCCCAGUUGUUAAUGCUUAGUGGAAUAGGUCCAGCUGAUCAUUUAGCCGAACACAAUAUUCCUGUCGUUCAAGAUCUACCAGUGGGACAUAAUUUGCAAGAUCAUGUUGGGCUUGGUGGACUUACUUUUGUUAUCAAUGAACCCGUAUCUGUCACGGUAAACCGUUUUCAGACAGCACCUGUCUUACUUGAAUACAUCCUCAAUGAACGAGGACCAAUGUCAUUCCCCGGAGUUGAAGCCGUAGCUUUUGUCAACACCAAAUAUGCCGAUCCUUCAGGACUCUGGCCAGACAUUCAGUAUCACUUCAGUCCGAGUUCAGUUGCCUCAGAUCGAGGUGAAAAUAUUCGUAAGGUCUUGAACUUGAGGGAUGGUGUAUUCAAUACUGUAUACAAGCCAUUAAUUAAUGCAGAAACUUGGUCUCUAUUACCCCUGCUUUUACGCCCAAGAAGCACAGGAUGGGUCAAACUUCGCAGUGCUAAUCCCUUUGAUCCACCUGUUUUGAUUCCCAACUACUUCGCUCACCGAGAGGACGUUGAAGUCCUUGUGGAAGGUAUCAAAAUUGCAGUUAACAUUUCUGAUACACCUGCCUUCCAACGCUUCGGCUCACGCCUCCAUAACAUUCCAAUGCCAGCUUGUCGACAUCUGGAAUUUGAAUCAGACGCCUAUUGGGAAUGUUGCGUUCGUCAGUUCACCUUUACCAUCUACCAUCCCACAUCAACGUGCAAGAUGGGACCCAGUUGGGAUCCCCAGGCCGUCGUGGAUGCCCGCCUGAGGGUUUAUGGAAUUCAGGGACUACGAGUUGUUGAUGCAAGCAUAAUGCCAACCAUCAUUAGUGGAAAUCCCAAUGCACCUACCAUCAUGAUAGGCGAAAAAGCAUCAGAUAUGAUCAAGGAGGACUGGGGGAGGCUUCGUGGUAACACAUAAAAAAACCCCAUUUGUCAUAAACUCUAUCAAUUUUGUGAUAAUCGUUUAAUGAAGAUUUAUUAGAAAAAUUCCCAUAAAAUGUUCAUUUCUUUGUUAGAAAAUAUUAUUAGAAAAUUCAAUUUCUCUUCUUUUCGAAAAUAAUUGCAAAAGAAGUUAGAAUGAUCUUUGUGGAAAAAAAUCCAAAACUGUUACUUAAGCAAAAAAUUAUGUUUGAAAGAUCUUGAUCAGUGAUUAUAGAGACGAUAUACAAUAGAAAAGAUUUUGCAAUGUAAUGUUGGGUCAUAAAAUGUGACAUGCAAACUUUCGUAAUUUAUAAUUUUAGCUAGUCAAAAAUAUAAAUAAAAGCAAAAAUAAAAGUGUUUGAUCACACAACAUUAGACACGAAAUGCAUAAAUACUUUUGUAAGUUUUAGAGUGUAAUAUGACUAAAUUUAUUAAGGCAUGAUAAUAAAAGAAUUUUUAUUAAACUGA